AUGUCAAUAUCAGUUGAGAGUAACAAUCUUAGUUUUGUUAACGAUUUGAAUCCUGGGAAAGAUAUGUGGAACAUGAAAGCAAGAAUUGUUCGAAAAUGGAAUCAGGGUUACAAGAUGGAUCUCAUCUUCAUUGAUGAAAAGAUUCAAGCAGGUAUUAAGAGUCAUCUGAUACCUAUUUUUGAUGGACAACUUCAAGAAGAUGCUGUUGUGAUUCUGUCGAAAUUUGGUGUUGGUGAGAAUAAAGAUUUAUAUAAAGUAGUAGUGAAGCCUUAUAAAAUCAACUUUUAUAGAUGCACAACUGUUACUCCUGUGAGAUAUUGGCAAGGUGUUGAGUAUGGUUUCAACUUCAGAGCUUAUGAAGAUAUUCUUCAAGGAGAGGCGUUAAACACUUUGAGUGUUGAUGUUGCUGGAUCUGUGAUUUGUUGUGGAGAUCUUGAAAUCUUUGAUCGACCUCCAAAGGAGACUAAGAAGAUGAAUUUCGAUAUUGAAGACUUGGAGGGUAAGGUUUUGCGGUGUACUGUGUGGAAUAAUUAUGCUCUGCAGAUUAAGGACUUCAUUUCUAAAAUCCCACCUCAUGAGCAUGUGAUGGCUGUUAUACAACAUGGAAAGUCUAAGGAAUGGAAAUGUGAAUAUACUGUUCAAAGUGAUAAGUUUGCAACACGAUUUUUUCUGAAUGAAGAACGAGCUAAGGAGGAGUUUGGACAAGGGAGUGGUUCUACUUCUCAAACAAUACUAUCGUCUCAGAGUGUUUUUCCAUUGCAUAAAGAAUUUGUAACUGAUGGUGUGAAGAAACAUGUUGAUGAGAUUAGUGAGAUAGAAAAGAAUGUUGAAAAUGUUUCAGAUGAUAUUGUUCGAUUACCUGCGACUUCUUUGGUUUGUCCCAAAGGUCAUAGUGGAUGUACAUCGAUCACCACAAAGUUCAAGAUGCAAGUCCGGGUGCAGGAUGAGAGUGGUAGUGUUUCUUUUGUUAUGUUUGAUAGAGAUGUUCAAAAGCUUCUUAGAUUAGUGGCGAGUGACAUAAGAGAGAGGCAGGUUAAGGCCAAUGAUACUGGAUUCCCUCAUGAGAUAUUUCGAUUGGUUGAUAAGAAGGCUGCUUUUAAGAUUGAUGUUUCAGAGUUCAAUCUUAAAAAUGACUAUCGUGUUUAUACUGUGCAAAAAACAUGUGAUGAUCUAGUAAUAAUUGCUACGUUGGUUGGUGGAGAUGGUAAUGGUGAUGAAAAUACUAAUGAGGUUACUCAAGAGGUAGCUGACGUUAAAGAUGUUAACCUUUCAGAAUAUUCCCAGGUGUCUGCUGAACGAACUUCAAGUGAUGUUGUCUCUGUUACGGCUGACUCUUCAGCUGUUGAAGUUGAAAAGGAUUCUGGAUCAAGUCCCAAUGGAAAGCGGAUCGCUCAAGAUGCUGAUAUUGUUAACGUUGGUGAGUUAUACACUAAUGUGAGAAGAACCCGGAAGAAGCUGACUAAGGCGUAG